AUGUUCGCUCAAGCCUCCUGUCAAGCCAACGCGUCCCGCGUCGCUCCCAACGCGCGCGCGUCGCAAAAAACUCGCGUCAAGUCGCAAAACAAACCUCUCGCCCGAUCGCGCGUCGUCGUGCGCGCCGACGCCGGCGAAGAGCCCGGCUCGCCCGCCAAGGGCAUGGGAAAGAAUCUGCCAGCAGCCAUGGACAUCGGUCAGGUCAUGGAUCUGCUCCCGCAUCGAUACCCGUUCUUGUUGGUCGAUCGCGUGGUGGAGAUCGAGGUCGGAAAGUACGCCAUCGGGAUGAAGAACGUUACCAUCAACGAUAACUUCUUCCCGGGACAUUUUCCGCAGCGACCGAUCAUGCCGGGUGUUUUGAUGGUUGAGGCCAUGGCGCAGGUCGGCGGGUUAGUGAUGCUCGAACCGGGUGAAAAGGGUUCGGGUGGUACGCAAAAGGAAUUCUUCUUCGCUGGCAUCGAUGGCGUCAAGUUCCGCCGACCCGUCGUUCCGGGCGAUACGCUCGUGAUGAAGGUUGUCCUCACCAAGCUUAACAAGCGUUUUGGCAUCGCCAAGAUGAAGGGUCAGUGCUUCGUCGGCGAUGAGCUCGCUUGCGAGGCUGAGCUCACACUCGCUCUCGGCGCGUAA